AUGAAACAGAUUGAAGCGGCCCCGAAUUGCCGGUCUGGUGAACCGACCCAAAACUGCCGGUUUCAGUUUCGACGACUCGAUCUCUCUGGUGAUGGCGUCGUUGCGGCUGACGUGGAUGAAGACGACGUCGACGUCGGUGAAAAACCGAUCGCUGGGAGGAAAAAGUGGAAGAUGAAGGAGGUGUCGGCGUCGGAUAAGGGGCGGCGGCGGGGGGAAGUUCUGGAUCCGCCGGAGAAUGAACGGAUGGAGACGGCAGUGACAGACGAAUGGCGACAGCGACGACAGACGGAUGUCGAUGGCGGCGACAGACGAAUAGCGAUUGGCGACGGCAGCGGGUGGCUGGUGGCGUCGGGAGGGACGAGGGUCUGUGGAUGGGUCGAGGCCCUGACGGUUGCAACGAAUUUAGUUGUGGCGGUCAGAGCAUGGGACUUUGCCUCUCCAAUCGAAAUCUUUGACAGCGAUCCUCCGGCUUCUUGGGCCGCCCUUGAGUCAAAGGAAGUGGAUAGAGAGUUUAACUUUUGCUCGUCCAUGGUGCCAGUGGAUAAUGAAGGGUCCUUACAAGAGAUAGUCCACAGCUCAAGUGAUCUAAAAGAUCUGCUCAUAUCAGCCAACACCUCACCCAGACCUCUCAAGACUCAUCCAGUAAUAACAGAAGAAGAGAUGGAAAUUGAGGCAGAUGUGGGUAUUACUCACCACAAAGGGUCAAUAUGGAAACCAAUACAAAAAGUCCAGAAGCAAAUCACCACUUGGAAGAGACAAGGACCUAGAGAAGGCACACUUAGCAGACUUCCUGUUUCAGAGGUGGAAAUGAGUUACUAA